UGACUGAUCCUGUCCGCACUAGUCUGCACCAAGAACUUGCUUCACAUCAUGCCACCUACAAGAGACCCGUUUCCUUAUCCCAAAUAUGAAAAUGACAACUCCUUCCAGGGAAAAGGACAGAGUUUAUGUUACCAAAAAUCAUUAGUUUUGACGCAAGGUGAAACUCCCUGGAACCGACUUCAUGCAACUCCCACCCUAUCAAGUGCAAGAAGGUCUGCCUAUUACAAUGACCCUGAGUCUGGAGCUGACAGUUUAGACUUCAAUUUAAAGGCCACGUACAACCAUCAUAACAGCCUCUUGAAGAACCGUAACGAGACGCUAUUCCAGUUGGAGACAUUCACAGACAACCACGGAAGGAUUUUGAAGAACCAGGUCAAAGAAUUAUCCACUUCCCAGGAGGAAAAUACAGGGUUUAGACAGUGGGUGAGUCCACAGAAGAUCAGCGUGUACAGCAUUGAAGGAGCCAUUACGAGUCAUCACUCAGCUGCAACUAAUCGUGGCUACUCUCGGAAAAAAGAUGGUGGAUACUACAGCAUCUAACUAGAAGCACUCUACUGUUUAAUUAAAAAAAAAAAUGGU